UUCGUUCUCCACAGUUCUCCAUACUGUGGGCCCUUGUUAACAUCUGCAUGGUCACCAGCUGUUUGCGAGAACGCUAAGAAAAUGGGAAGAGUCUCUGUUUGCUCUUUACUCUUACAAUGUGUCACAAUUGUGUAUAUGUCAGCGGGCGCAUCGGCGGCAACACAGUUCCCGUUGUUGAUGCCUCACGUUCGACCCACGCAGAAUGAAACCUACCUCUGUACAGCAUUCCACAUAACACCAAACAAGCAUAAGUAUGUGGUGGCAUUCAGGCCUAACGCAACAAUGCACGUGGCCCACCACAUUCUAAUCUACGGCUGUAUGGAACCGGGCUACCGUGAGCAGGAUUCUCCACGGGCAGUGUGGGACUGUGGAGAGAUGAGCAACUCCAACUCAGAGUUCUUCAAAGGGCCGACUUGUGCUAAAGGACCUCAGAUCAUUUACGCAUGGGCUCGGGAUGCUCCACCCCUUUCACUGCCUGAAGGUGUGGGCUUCAAGAUUGGUGGCAAUAGUGGCAUCAAAUAUUUGGUGCUUCAAGUUCACUAUGCUGACACUACUGCUUUCCUUGACCCACACAAGACAGACAUGUCUGGUAUUGUCCUCUCUGUGUUGCCUGGAAAUACACAGCUUGUGAAACGACGAGCUGGUAUUUACCUUCUGGGAACAGGAGGCAUGAUUCGUUCACACCAAACGGAACACUUUGAGGCUGCCUGCCUCAUCGACGAGAACUUGACCCUCUAUCCAUUUGCAUUCAGGACCCAUACGCACAAACUCGGCAAGGCUGUUAGUGGCUAUGUUGUUAGAAAUGGCCAGUGGACUAACAUUGGCAAGCACGACCCAUUGCAACCGCAGAUGUUCUACCCUGCCAACAAGGGCAUCAAGGUCACCAAGGGUGACAUCCUGGCUGCCCGUUGCACAAUGUACAACUUUAGGAACAGAGCCACUUAUGUUGGCUCCACAGGCAAUGACGAAAUGUGCAACUUCUACAUGAUGUACUAUGUGGAUGGAGACAAGAUCCUCAACAGAAAGGACUGCUUUUCGUAUGGGCCGCCUGUCUACUACUGGGGCCGUGACCCACUUCUUGCUAAUGUACUUACUCCCGAAAUUGACAAAGAUGCGAGCACUCUCAAGUAACCGUCUCGCACCCUGGCAUGAGCCAGUGGGAUUUCUGUGUGACCAGUCUUCUUGACUCCAUUUUCCCCCCAUGAUCUGCCGACUUUCCGAACAUCAUUUCUUACCUCCAACUUUGGCUCCAGCACCACUUACGCUGGCAGCAGUAAGAAAUGGCGCGUUCAAGGAGUCUCAAUUGUGAGAACAAAUCUGCACAGUAGUGCCGCCACUAGCACUGGCAGCUUAUCAACUCAAUGUUUGACGAACUUUCAAUGCUCGAGAUGGAAGAUCAGUGCACUUGUGCUACAAGAGCGCUUUCUUUUUCUCUUCUUUUUUUUAUUUUUUUAGUUGUUACAGCAUUAACUCCCUUAUUCGCAAACGAGCCUAGACUUGAGUUUCUUCCUCAAAUCCACCAAGUGGGAGGCUAGAGUGUGCCCUUGGCUGGUGCAGCCGUUGUGCCUCGCAGGCACUCUUCAACGAUUCCUGAACAAUGAUUUCAUAAUUGGGCACAUUUAUGUCAACAUGAUGGAAAUGGAAUAGGGGACAGUUUUCGAUUAACUCUGUCGCAGUGAUUCUUGAGAAAAGUUGUUAAAGCUUGGUGACUGCUUUAGCCGUGGGACUGCACUGCUGUUCUCUUAACGGAGUUGAGAAGGAGACUCGAGUCCAGGCUUGGUGUAAAUAUACGGGUAAGGUUUCCAAGUGUCUUCAACAAAGACAAUCUCUUUGUUUAUUCAAGUCACCCUCCGUUAUUCAUCUUACUCUGAACACUGUGCUCAUAUUUAAUGUGGAACAUCACUUGUUGCUUUUGGGUAGGAACACUUGUACAUCAAGAAAGGCCUGAGCACAGCUAAGCAACAGUUGCGAAUCUUGGUAUUGGUGCAUGUAUAGAUUUUUUUUUUCACCCAGCUUAGUGAUGCGAUGCAACAUACUUCUUUUGGGAGAACUGCUAUCAUCUUAGUUGUGCAAAAACUUGUGACCAGUGCAAAUGAAGACCAGGCUGUGUAAUUUAAAUGCAAACCUGCAGUGUAUGGCAGCCACUGCAAAAUUCUGUUGCAAUUGCAGCACGACUGCAGUACCAGCUUUGCCAAAAUCAAAAUGUUGAGCUAGAAAUUGCGGCAGCCAAAACCUCAGUUGAGCACGACAUGAUGCGAAGCAUUGUUGUUUCUUGAGAAGGGUUCUCAUGAAUCGUGUCAAUUUUCUGGAGUGGAACGGCGACCUCAGUAGUAACAUGUGUGCGAGCAGAUGGUAUGGGCAGCGGGAAUGUCACAGUGGUUGUUGAAAAUGAAAUGUUUUAUUACAUUGAAGUAACUUCAUUUGCUCCGUUUGUGUGGCGCAACGUUCACAUUCUGUGAUCCGUUUUCGUUCCAGUAGGGCAAUGCGAGCCUCAUGCGUCCAAGUCGCAUAACGAUGAUGAGCGGCGUUGGUGCGCUUACGCUUAUGUUCCUCGAACUUGGCAGUGGUGAUAAGUUUCUUGGGGUGAGGCACUCAUGGUGCAGCGCAUUAAGUGUUGGGCUGUUGUGCUUCAGAACCCCAUUUGACAUGGGUGAAGAACUAGUCUUACACGGCUUAAAUUCUGCCCACCACCAGAGAAAUUUUAAAGGAUUUUUUAUUAAUUGAAAAGUGCUCUAAAAGAAGUUAGACAAAAACGAUUAGACAGGUGGCAGGAAAAACUGUGCCACACUCAACAAGAAUGAUUCGCAUUAAAAGGACAGGCGGACAGGAGAUGCGAAAAGGGUGAAUGAGCUGAGUAGGGUGGCAGAUUGGGUGAGGUGGUAUUCUAUUCUUGUUGCAGAGGUGUAUAGCAAAAAACAAGAAGCAGGAUGGUGAAGGGCUUUGUGCUUUGUAAGAUGAAAGCUUUAUCUUUAGUUGUCCUGGUUCCCUGCUCCAUGCUACUAUACACUUCUACAUUGUGAAUAAGCUGAUUGUACUGGCAUCAUAGAUUAAAAAUCCAUCAAGAUGAACUGGACGAAACUGGAUCAGAACAGAUGUACAUGCAAUUACUCCUCACUGUGUGAUGUGCAAUUGCUGUAGGGCCUAUUUCUAAACACAGUGUAGUCCCCAAGCUACAUGACGUGAGCCUGAAUGAUUUUAUUAUGGAGGCAGGCGAGUUUGAAAACAAAAAGCAGCAUCCAGCGAUAUUCCAACUUCACAUUUGAAUUUAUGCUGAUGGCACGUGCAAAAAAAAAAAAAAAAGUGGUUGGGUUGUAGUGCAAUAGGAUUUGUGUGCGCUAAAUAGUACUGCUAAGUUACUAGGUUUGACAUUGAUCACUUUUAAUACAUGACCAUAUAAGUGAUAUAGUGUGAAGACUUAUUUUGUGCAUUUUGGCAAGUUCUUUCCUGUCAUGAGCCUGAUUGCUUGAAAUAAGUAUCCUCAGCAGUGUAGAGGAAGGAAUAUUAUAACAAAUGGCUAUAUGCUUCAUUUCAAUUCCUUGUAUAACUUUGACUCAUCAAAACAUGAUUUUCAUUGCAAACUUGACUUGGAAAUGAAGCAUAGCCCCUACAGUAUUAUGGCAUGGUACUGCAGUUAUGGCUAACUGUGCAAUCUUCAUUUACACCGGUGAUCUAGUUCUGUAGUAAGAAGGUUGGAGGUUUGAUUCCUAGCCAUGGCAGCUGCAUUGUGAUGAAAUGGAAUGCACAAAGAAUGUGUGCCAAAAUUUUAGUGAGCAUUAAGGAAACUCAUGUGGCCAGAAUUGAUGCGAAGUGUUCUGUGAUGGCACUCCUCACAGUCCAGGCACAGCUUUGGGUUGUGAAACCCUUGUGAACAAUUUCUAAAAUCAAGUAACUUGUAUGCGUUCCUGCUGCAGUCUACCACCGUAUUGGUUACGCUAGCACAGGCAAUAAAGCAGCAGGGCUACAAUUUUAAAUGUUUCGGAUAUGACAAUCAGGCCACAAAAUUCAAGGAGUUUGUUCAAGCACUUUGCAGCAAUGUAGCUGUUGUGAGACGAUGCAAGAUGCUAUUGAAGCAAGGUAAAACGCAGGUAAGCAAACCGCAUCACGCUUACAGGUAAUUGCAUGUAAGAGAUGUUGUGAUCUGUCCUUCCUCUUCCUGAGCAUUUCUUCCUGUCUGGUACCCUUGCUUCUGUACCUGCUAUGAAAUACCUCAGAAUGUUUGCCUUUAGCUGGCUCUUAAUUUUUCCUGAGUAAAAGAAAUCCCGUCUAUGUUUCUUGUAAGACACGCCGAAGAUUGUUAUUUUGCGGCAGGUUCUCCCAUGUGUUUCCUUUUUUUGAAAGAUAGGUGAAGUGACUGCUAAGUCUUUUUGGAAUGAGCUUGCAAGCUUUAUGAAAAGCUCAUUUUGUGGCUUGUCAGUGCGCACAGUUGCUAUUGCACUGUAUGCAAAAUUACAGCACAGUAAACUGCCUCGAAGUAAGAUCUGGAUGCAUACGAAUUUUUUUAUUUUUUAUUUCCCAACAUGACAACCCUUCAUGGUUAGCCUUAAUUGCUACAAGGCUUAUAAACCACUUAACAGGCAUGCGUAGUAUCAUGCUCUGUCUACAAAUGAAAUGCAGUCAUUGAGGCUUAGCCUCACCGGUGAUGUUAAAGCAUAGUAGUUUUAUCGGCCGUAUUAACUUGUAAACAUAGGCAUAUUAACUCAAUGAACAAGCAUGGCGUCACAGGCACACAAGCAAACACGAACACAUCUCACUCGAUGACCGCAGAAACUCGCUGUCAAAAUGCUGUUAAUUCCUCACACGAAUGUGUCACAGUGAGAUACUACAAAUUUUAUACUGCUGAAAGCUUAAAGAGUUGGCUCCAUUCCUUAAGCAAAAUGUAGUUUCAUGUUUAAUAUUCCAUACUUAGCAACCACAAAAGAAUGAAAAACAAUUUGGUAAGCCCAAAGUUAGGCGAACCUUUCUAGCAAGUUGUAUUGUUUUUGCCUCAUGUCUGAAUGAGGAAAGCACACCUGAACAACUAUUACAUUGACAGUCAUAGAAUGUUACUAUAUGACCUUGGGGAAUAUAAAGAUCUUGGCACAUCAUUGUUGGGAUGUGUACGGCUUUCAUUAUGCAUGUAGUGUGUCUCCCCUUACUCUCCCCCCAGAAAACACACAUCAAUCAACAUGCUUGCAAUCUCUACAGCUGAGGUAUUUCUUGGUGCCCUGUUACAACACAUCUUAUUCUUAUGAUACGUAAUUGCUUUCUACGGUCUUGGUUGCACACUGUUUUAUUCUUAUGUGCUAGUCAUUGAAUAUAUUCUAAUGUACUUAACUGACAUUGAAGUACCGUCUUUUAAAAGUAAAUGGGCUACAUUGCUUGUGAACUGCCAUGCUGACUACAGGCUGUUUAAAAGUGUUUCUGCACUAUGCCAAAAGUUCCAAUGCCCUGGGGAAUGAAAAGAGCUAUCCUACUCCCCAUCAAGAGGUCUGCAGAGUCAGGAGUGGCACAGGUUCUGCAGCACACAUCCAAAUGACACUACUAUGGUGAAGACAUGAGUAGCCCAUAUACUUUUGACAAAGGCUGUACAUACGAGAACUGAUGUUGCACAACUGCUGCUGGAGCUUUGUUUUCGUCUGAUGACACCAAGGCUAUGUGGCCUGUUGUGAUGCUGAGUGGCAGUGUCAAGUUGGUGUUCUACAUUUUUUUGCAUGGUACCGGUAAAUUUUAUUUCUAAUGAGUUCUUAAAAUUUUACAUUUUGAACAGAAGUGUCUAGAUGGAGAGGGGACCAAUGAAGAUGUUUACUAUCACACACUCCAGAGCACUGGUUACAGCCAGUGUUACAGCUGUUCUGCAAACAAACUAAGCAGUGACAUUCAGCUGACAAGCUGUGAUCAGACUUUUAAGUCCAGCAGCAGCACAGAUGCUCUGUAGCAAAGUCUUUUGCAUGGUUGAACAAAAGGCUUGCGUAAGUAUGUGAGGUUUUGAUUCAUACAUCUAACAGUUGUUCGGAGUGUGACCAAAAACAAGACGGGCAUACCUGUUCUGGUUCACUAAGCCCUUUGAUGCUGGUAGCAAUGCACUUACCAUGUUGUCCCUGUGAUCUUAAUAAUUAACUGUGUGGCAUUUUGAGAACAUAGGAACACUCAUUGUGCCUAUUAUCUCUAGUACAUACAUUCCAAGAAGCUUCGUGAUUCAAGUGUUCGUAUUACAAAGUGUUAUUUCUUCCUGGUCAUUGACAACCUUGAUGUGUAAAAAUACUACAGAACUGACAGCUCUUGUUCUUAGUGUUUAGCCGUAACUAAGAACUGACCUGUGCAUGUUGUACAUAUGUGUGACUAGUGCCCGUUUCCCUAUGCUGUUAAAUUGAUGUCAAGAGUAUAAGCAGUAAUAAAUCUUAUUCGUUGCACUGUC